UCAGAUCUACUGGCAUAACGCGAAAGCAAAGAGGAAUUCUGCAAGUUCUUAGCUACAUAAAUACUGCUAAUAUAUUUAUCGCAAACGAUUUAGGAAAAGUGUGUUAACCGGAGUUCCGGGUUUUUUUUUUAUGUGAAAACGUGUCGAAGGUGUAAAGAUGUGAGUCCUCUCUGUAUUGGCCUUAAACAAAGUUAGUCAGCAGAAAGACGAGCUUUGCAGUCGUCAGCUGGUGCAUGAAAAGUCCUUGCAAUGUCUUUAGUGGAGGAUAUUCUGGAUGUGCUGCGCAUGGUCAUGGAGUAUUUUGGAGUACCUCCAGACAUGCUAGUUCCUGUGUGGGAUAGCCAACUGUGUGGUCAGUAUCGCAGCAUUGUGCGAAUGAUUGGGACAAAUCUUCCACUGAAGCCUACUCCACGUGUUCACUUUCAGAUCCCCCUGGUCACUUAUAGAGCCCAUGGACAUGUUGACGAGAAAGAAAUACCAGCCAUCCCCUCAUUCGCUGACGUCAUGUGGGUGUUUAAUGAUGAAGGUGACAUGUUUGCCAAAACCAGAAACCAUUUACCUCCAAGGAAGCAAAUGGCUGUAAAUCAAGGCCUGAUGAGAUACCCAAGACCGUCACUGAGUCAGCAUCAUAGAGGAGUAACAUCCAACAGACAGUCAGCUGAUCCAGACGCCCUGAAGAAGAUCACAGCUCUGGAGAGCGAACUGCUCAAACUACGAGCUGAGAUCGCCAAGAUUGUUACUGCUGCUCCACCCUCAGGUCCGAUUGAUGCCCCACGUUCACCUUUGAUAUCAUCUCCUCCAGUCCCAGCUCUCACUUCAACACCUCGCUGUGCUGCUCCACCACCACCACCACCACCACCUCCUCCUCCUCCACCUCCCUGCCCAAGCUCCUCAACAGAAACAUCCCUUUUGGAGAUGAUAAAACAACACAAAAAAAAAGAGGCCGAUAAUGGUCUGCCCCGGCACCAAAAUGCAGGAUUGGAAAAUAAAGGGAUUCCUUCCAUGUUAGAUGUUCUGAAGGACUUGAAUCAAGUGAAACUGCGUGCGGUGAAACGAUCACCAGGUGGCACACCAACCCGGAGGAGACGCAGUAAAGGAGGCGCCGCAUUGCUUAAUGAUCCUGCAGCCCUUAUUGCUGAAGCACUGAAGAGAAAGUUCGCCCAGCAACGUCACAACAACUCCUCCGACAAGGAGAAUUCAGUGGACCUUUCACCUUUCAGCAGUCCAGAGCCACCUCAGGUUUCUCUCCACACCAGACGCAGUCAGGGACGCCGCCACUUUUGAUCAGCCUAGUCAGUUAUUUUUAACUCCAAGAGGAGUCAUAAAUGGCCCUCAGCUCCCGCGGAUCAGCUUCUACCAGACUUCACCUGCAGCUACUGAGUUCACAUUUCAUUUGUAGGUUUAUGUUCUUUUAGGAGAGUUAAUCUUACAAAGGGCAAACCUGCAUGUUUCUUUAAGUGUCUUGUUGUUGGGGUUUUAAAUGUUUAAUUUUGUUAACGCAGUUGCUUGUAAAUGGGGGUUUUGGUACUAUUAUUAUUCUAUUUUAAAUGUGAGUAUAAGAGUGAUACAUCUGUGAAGAAAACCUCUAAACGAAAUAAUGUGAUGAUUUAUUUAAGCAGGUAUCCACUGUAGGUGGUAGCUACCUGCAUUUAUGUUUCUAAAAUCACUUUGUGAGGCUUUCAGUCAUAAUCUCAGCUUAGUAAAGUGAAUGUUGGGAUUUCAGAUUCAAACUCUAUGCAAUAUUUUUAAGUUGUUUUAUUCAUUAAAGAGUCAGAUCGCACUGACCACCAA